CUGUUGAUUGCGAGGCAAAACAAACGUUCUGUUGGGAUUGUGUCUGGGGGUAUUUCACUGGAGGAAUUGAUCUUUGUAGUAGUUAGUUUAUGCAAAGUGAGGAUAUUGCCAUAAAUUCUUACAAAGUUAUGUUAUCAAACGGAUUUCCUUUGGAGGAAGUUGCAACUUCACGACCUAUGGUGAUUUGAAAUUGUGGGUUGCGUGUUACGUCCAGGCGACCACACAGAAAUAACGAGUUCUACUUACAACAUGGCUCCAUAUAACUCGUCAAUGAAAGUUUCUUGAAUCUGAUGUAGUUAACACUCCAAAGAGAGGUCAGUGACAAUUAGUUAUGGGUUCUGGAAGUUCUAUUACGAAAAAAGUGAUCGUAGACGACGAAUUUAGUGAAGGAGAUUCCAUGGUGACCAAAAAUAUUCCCAUCGAAUGUCCGCCUGGACGAAAAACUACAUCACUUAAACCAAGUGGUUCGAUUGGCAAGAAAAAGAGUCGGAGAAGCACAAAGGCUAAACCAGUAAUAAAAAGCUUUAGUCUCCGCUCUGCUUUUUCUGUGGAGCUAGAAAGAGAAGCUGAUGAACUCCGUAAAGAACUUGAAAUUUACCGACAGAAUAAAGCAACAGAAAUUGCCGAACUUGAAGUUCGGAAGGAGAAAUUGCAUAGCGAUAACCAGCGGCUUCGUGGCGAGAUUAAAGCUUUACAAGCCACUUGUUUAAAGUUAAAGAACGAAAGGGCUAUGGCAUUGGAAGGAAGGGAUCAAGCGCUUCAGAGAGCAGCAGCAUUUGAGAAAGAAAGGGACAAAGUUCAGCGACAGUUCAAGAUCUUCAGGGAAUCCAGAGAACGUGAAAUACAAGAUGUACUGCAAGCAAAGCGUGACCUUGAGCUUCAGUUUCAGCAGUGUCUAUCAGUGUGGUCACGAGAUGAAAACAGGUCAGAAGUUGUAGGCAACAUGGCCACAGACUGGUGGGCGUCAUCUCUGGAGAGUGACCCAAGCAUUGAUAGUUUAACACAUGUGACAUCUUUUCGGGGACCUGAAUUCUUUCACAGUCCAUUGGAGAAAGAAGGACCUUUUACCAACAUCAGUAGAGAUGACUGGAAUGCAGUAGUGCCCUCAGUUCUGCAGCUUGCAUCAUUAAGUCUCCAAGCUCCAGUCCAGCAGCAAACAAUCAAAAUGUACAUAUCUGCACCAAGUGGCAUGCAACAGGAAGUUGAUCUUUUCAAGCAGUUAUAUAUUCCCAGGCUUGAGUGGCUUUGUGAAAGUCAUGGAAAGUUCCUGGCAGUUGUCCAUUUUGAAGACACAGAGGAAGACUUAAAUGAAGAGGAUAUAACGGCAAUGGUCCAGAUGAGAAGAAAGCAAAUAAAGGAGAGUAAGGUGUUCAUUGCAUUUUUGGGUGGAAAAUCAAACAGUUUUACGUAUGAAGAAUUUCACCAAGCGCACUUGAGUGAUCCUGGCAAAUGCCAUCCUAUCUUCUGUUUCAAAGACCCAGACUGGGAUAAUGAUCCAUCUCUUAAAGAUGAAAGUAUUUUUCUGGCAGAGCAGUUGAAGACAGAAAUCAGAAAAACAGAUGAUAUGAAGCUGUUUGACAAUUACAAGACGUCAGAAAAAGGAGCAGAACUUGCAUACAGGGAACUUAAGAAAUUCUUAGCAAAGGAACUUGGCUUAUUUGAUGACCAUUCAUCACCUGUUGAUGCUCACUUCCUUGAUGGUUCUUCUUGGGAUAUGGCAGAGGACUGGGAGCAAGUUGAAACAUUGAAGGCUGCUGCAGAAUGCUCCUGUGAAAUGGGGCUCAGUAAAUUCUAUAGCGACCUCAAUGAACAUGUGUCCAGCGCAGGACUCAAAGCUCCAAUGCUUGUAAAAGGCGAUGCUGGGUUUGGAAAAUCACUUCUCUUGGCAAAGUGGAUAGCUCUGCAACAAAGCAGUUUGUCUGGACGGCUGGUGCUUUAUCACUUUGUUGGAUCAUCUUCAUCAUCCAGUGCUAAUUCAAUUCUGAUGAUACGAAGGUUUACUCUGCAGUUGAUGAAGCAGUUGGCAUCAUCACGUGCAGUGCCAUGUGACCCAGGUCACUUGGAAGAGGAGUUUCCACGGUGGCUGGAGAGAGCUGCAUCCAAAGUCCAUGGUGGUAUCACCAUAGUAAUUGAUUCAGCUGAUAAACUACAAGGUGCACCUAAUCAUAUGAAGUGGUUGUUGGAUCCUUUGCCUGUUGGUGCAAGAGUUAUUUUAUCCGUCACAGAAAGCACUUGUCCUUUAGCAUGGAGGCCAUGGUCAUCACUGGAACUUCAGCCUUUGGAUUUCAAAGGCAGUGUUGAAUUGCUUGCUUCUUCUUUAAACAAGCUUGCAGUGAAUAUACCUCAAGAACAGGUCAGCAGAAUGCUUUAUAAUUCCCCUUCUGAAGACAAAUUCAAUCCAAGAUUUCUAACUCUACUGGCUGCAGAGAUGGCUGCUUGUGAAGAUAGAAAAGCUCUGUUUGACCACUUUGCAGAUUGUUUAUCCCAAAAGAACACUGUGGACCUUUUGUGUCAUAUUUUGAGCCGCAUUAAGAAACAAUUCAGUCAUAUUUUGUUUGAAUGGAAGCUGAGAAGGGUAUUUCUUCAUAUCCUUUUGGCUCGUAAUGGGAUCAGUGAGUGUGAGUUAUUGAAGAUUAUACCAAUAAAAUGGACGGAGUGGUUAUUACUGAGUCAAACCUUGCAUCAUAGCUGUAUUGUCGUGACAAGAAUGGGCCUUUUGACCUUUUCAAACAAACAGGUAAUAAGAGCUGUAAAUGAAACGUUUUCAUUUGAAGACAACUCGCAAGAGAUGGAGGAAUCGCAGGAAUCUUUUAUAAAAUUCUUCGAGGAAAAGCUAAGUGUUAACCAUAUAUGCUGGAGGUUGACUGACGAAUUACUCUGGAGUUUGAAGAAAUCUUGCAAGAAAGAAAAGCUGACAGAAUGUCUUCUGAACCCAAUUGUCUUUAAAGUGUUUUUUGAAAGGGGCCGCAUAUCUGAGCUGAUAAGUUACUGGGAAUACUUGGGAAUUGAUCAGACGUCGCUUGGGAAGAAAUACGUGGAUGUGAUAAAACAGGUGGAAAAUGAGAGCGAACUGACGGAGGAAACUGCUGAGAUAUUUGAGGUCGUUGGUCUGUUUCUGAAAUGCUUGGGGCUUCUCAGUCAGGCUGCUCCAUUGCUGCAACGAGCCUUGGAAAUCCGAGAGACGGUGCUCGACCCAGACCACCCGCUUGUGGCUCAAUCUUUGCAUCAUCUUGCUGAUUUGAAUGCACUGUGGGGAAAAUUCAGCCCAGCUGAAGCAUUCUUCAAACAUGCUGUAGAAAUCAAGGAAAAUGCUCUUGGCAGAGAUCACCCUUCUCUUGUUAAGGAUUUAGAAGGUUUGGCUAUUUUGUAUAAGAAACAGGAGAAACAUGCUAUGGCAGAUUCUCUUCGUAAACAGGCAGAGGGUAUCAAGCAGAAGGCAAACUCAUCAGUUGAUUUGAGUGACUUGAAAAAGAAGACCCUGCAAGUGGAAAAACUCGCUCGUGGGUCACCAAGCGCAGAACUGGCUCGAUCGCUCAAUGAACUUGGAGUUUUGUACUUCCUUCAAAAUAAUCAUGAAGCGGCAAGUUCAUUUUUCCAGCGUUCUCUUGAGAUGCGCGAGGCUGUUCUUGGUCCUGAUCACCCGGAUGUGGCCCAAUCUCUGCAUAACUUGGCAGCCUUGUACAAUGAUCAAAAGUUGUAUGAAAAGGCGGAGCCUCUCUAUUCAAGAGCUUAUCAAAUUAGGCUAAAGGCCUUUCCUUCAAAUCAUGGAAGUGUAGCAUCUACUAUCAAACACUUAGCUGUUCUUUACCGAAAGCAGGGUAAAUAUUCUUCAGCGGAGCCGUUAUACAGACAAGACUUGGAAAUCCGAGAGAAGACAUUCGGUAAAUCGCAUCCAAGCGUCGCCACAGCCUUGAACAACCUCGCUGUAGUGUUAUGUCUUCAGGACAGACAGUCAGAAGCAUUACCACUGUAUGAGCGAGCUUUACACAUCUAUGAAGACACACUGGGUGGAUCACACCCACGAGUUGCCGAGACACUUGUGAACCUUGCCAAGCUGUCUUACGACCUGGGGUCCCCAGAGAAAGCUGCACAGCUGUAUAAACGAGCAAACGACAUCAGACAGAAUGAACCACAGCCUGGUCUCUCUCCUCGUUCUUCUUGCAGUCAGCUUAGUAACAACUAUUUGCGCAAACACUCCCAGCCGCACGACAGUGUGUCAAGGGUGAUAUCAUUAUCAAAUAGUUGAGGGUUCACUAUUAGAACGUUUCUAUGUCACUUUCUAGAGUAGUGGUCACGAUUCCUUUAUUAGAGAUGUUACAGUUAAAUUUAGCCAAUCAUAGGAAGGAUUUUAACGUUGAGAGCCAAUCAGGUAUAAGUAUUUGCGAUAGUUGUGCGCCAUUUCCCGCGCUUUAUCCAACGCAUCUUCCACAUUGUCUGUCUACACUCUGAUUGGUUUAUUUAAUUGUGUAGGAAGCCAAUCAGAAGCUAUCACGGCCGUGGCUUCGUGCUAUUUCUUUACUUAACUUAAAUUUUUAGUUCAAUUCUUACUUCAAACGUGGAUAACAAUAUUUUAUCUCUGUGUUCGACUCGAGAUGUUACACAUGGUUUUGUUUAACAGUCACAUCUGAUAUUGUGGUCAAAGGUAUUCUGAGAGGCCAGUUACGAAGACUAAAAUCUCAGCGCUAAGAUCUUCACUAGUUGAUUGACUGCGACAUCUCCUUUACUUGGCUGAAAAGGAUAAGUGCACUUUUUGAUUGAGUGUCAGUCGUAAAACAUAAAAUCCAAGGUAAUCACAAUGGCCACUCAGAAGAGAGGAAAAUACCUUUAAGAGCCAAUGAGAACUCAGUCAAAACAACCAAACUUCUUUAAGGGCGGGAAAACGCCAACAACAAAAUCGUGAUGGGUGUUAGUUACACAUCUGUGGCGAGAGAGAGAGGCGUGAGUUUUCUGGACUAAUCACGGAGAGAAGGAAAGGAAAAACAAGCAAUCACAUUCGGUUACUUUCGACAUUCAAUUGAAAAUUGCCUCUACCUUCCAUAUCAUCCAUACUCAACCAAAUUAUUAACAAACCUUACAUGAUAACUUCCUAAAAAAAACUAUAGUUAUAAGUAGAUUUUACAAACAUAAAUUGUGGACUUAAUCUUGACUCAAUUGGAAAGAUGUACUGUAGAUUCUUAGCAGUGUGUGCUCUGAAUUCAAAGCGGAAGCCACGUCAACAAAAUUCACAAGUGGCUUUAUACGACUUUAUACUAAUUGACGAGCGUCGAAAAGAAUAUAUUACCACCUUCGUGAACUUUAAGAUAAAUAAUAUAUCCACCAAAGACAUGUAGAAGAAGGCUUUUGCUUGCGUUUCCCUUUAUAAUCUCGUUUAUCAGAGGGUUUAUACGUCACUCAACGUAUUUUUUAAAGAUUUAUUUAAUAUAAAAGUACAAAAGGCUUCUUUCGGCUGGUCCAUUUGAUUUAGGAAGCAUUUAUAAAAAACUUCGGCAACUAUUUUAAGCUUUUUUU